UUCCAGGAUCUGGCUCGAGUGCUUCAGGGUGCUGCGCUUGUUUUAGACAAAGUAAACAAGCCUUUUCCAACCACAAGUCAAAUUCUUAAAAGACAGACAUCACCUCAAACUUCUGCGUCGAAAACCUGUUCACCUUCUCGACCAGCACCGUCGUCACAUCACGACUCCUCCGUCGCGAGCCACACCUCGAACACUUCGAAAAAUGCACCCCCGUGCGUAGAGGAACAUCCCCUCGACCACCUCUCAAACCCCCGACCUCCAAAUGGAGGAACGCCAUCAAGAACCUCUGUGCAGAAGGAAAAUCGCGCGGCCACUCGCUCCUCCCUGUCAAACGGUACAAUUCGCGAAAACAAAAAAGCUUUUUUAACAAACGCGCGUUGACAGGUGUCAAAGCUGCAGAUUCAAUACCGAGCGAACCCGCUCCGAUUGCAAACAUGCCGGUCGCUUUCGAAGCUCGCGGUCUCGAAGAACGGAGAAUCCCCGUCACGAGAGUAGGAAGACUGUGGCAGUUCGGAGGUUUGGCCGUAUCCUUGGGCGUCGAAGCGUUGAGCCAGACUUUGAAGCGGGCUAUGCCUUAUCGAGACGGCUCUUCCUCAAGCCAAAAACCAAGCAUAUGGAACCAAAAUAACGUGCAGAUGCUCGUCAACAAACUGUCGACGAUGAGAGGUGCCGCGCUCAAAUUGGGACAGGUCCUCAGUAUUCAAGACGAAAGCGUUUUACCGGUAGAGUUUUCACGACUUAUGGACAAGCUUCGCGAUAGUGCGAACUACAUGCCAGAAUCCCAACUGCUUGAGACGAUGGAAAAGUUUUCGGUCGACUGGCGGUCCAAGUUCUCCGAAUUCAAUUUGAAACCCAUCGCUGCAGCGUCGAUAGGACAGGUGCACUACGCGAAGACACUUUCUGGAGAGCAGGUUUCGGUUAAAGUGCAGUAUCCGGAAGUAGGAAAGAGUAUCGAAUCCGACUUUAAAAAUCUGGAAUGGAUUUUAAACUUGUCCGGUAUCCUUCCAAAAGGCGCAUUCCUGGACAAAACCAUUCAAUGCACGCGCUCAGAACUUAUGGAAGAGUUAGAUUAUAUCAAAGAGGCCAACUCGCAGACAAAAAUGAGGGAACUUCUGAAAAAUGAUGUCAGCUUCUACGUACCAAAAGUUUUUCAUGAUCUAUCGAGUCAACAGGUUCUGACCUCAGAGUUCGUUUUCGGGAUACCCGUUAACGAGGUCGUAAAACGCGACCAAAAAGUCCGCGAUUGGGUCGCGUCGAAAAUCAUGGAAUUGACCCUGAAAGAAAUUUUCGUCUGGAAAUUCAUGCAAGUCGAUCCCAAUUGGAGCAACUUUUUCUACAACGAGGAGAAGAAACAAAUUAUCCUGCUUGACUUCGGAGCAACUCGAACCUUUAGCGACGCAUUUAUCAAAAACUAUCUUUCCGCAGUGAAGUCAGCGGCACUGGGAGAUCGAGAAGGUGUAUAUAGAGCCAGCCUGGAUCUUGGAUAUUUAACGGGUGAAGAAGAUUCAAUAAUGAAAAACGCACACAUCGACUCAGUGAUGAUAUUAGGAGAGCCGUUUCGACUUUCUGAGAGUGGAGCCUAUGAUUUCAGCACUCAAGACAUCACCUCGAGAAUCAGAAGUAUGAUUCCAAUCAUGCUCCAAAGGAGAUUGACGCCGCCACCAGAAGAAACUUAUUCGUUGCAUAGAAAAUUGUCCGGUGCAUUUUUGCUUUGUGCAAAGCUGAAGGCGCGAGUCCCGUGUCGGGACAUGUUCUGGGAAAUAGUGGCGAACACUGAGUGCUAGGGGUGCGGGCAGGUGAUGACGCGUUCUUAUCACUCGCGUGAGAAGGGGUCGAUUCUUGCGAGAGAGAAGUGCGCGUUCCAGAUCGAUAAGAAGAAUAUAAACUUGUUGACUCUCAUUUUAAAAA